AUGGACGACAUUAACAAAUUUAAACGUAAAUUAGUAGUUAUGGAGUCUCAAAAUGAAAUAUUAGGAAGAAAUUUGGAUAUUAUGGAUCAGGAACGAAAACAAAUUCUUGGCUACUUGUCAGAAGACUUAACAAACGAAGAUUGGAACAGAGGUCUCAAGAACUUCGAAAAACAUGUAAAUAAUUCAGACCGUAUGGUACAAAUGAUGAAAGACCAAAAUAAAAUCACGCGGGAUACCCUUUCUACAACCGGAGGAAUAUUAAAGUCAUUAGAAAAUACACAUGCAAAUACAGAAUUUUUACGCUAUCGGGAUUGGGUUGCAGAACUGAUAGAAGAAAUAAUCAUCAGGCUUGGCAAAAUAGAAAAUGUGAAUGGUUGGGAUGCCUGGGCCAAUAUAAGCCGUGCUUUCUCCAUCAAACUAAAAAGUAAAAAGGUAGAUUUUGCGCAAGAUGCGGUUCCGUAUCUUCAACUAUUAAGUAAAGUUUUAGACAAAACUGGUAUCACGCUCGAAGACUUUGAGUUUUUAAUGAAAUUGAAAUGGAAAAGUAAUAGCAGAUUCCAUUUGGAGGAAUCGCAAACUAUAGAAGAAGCGUUGGAAGAAUUAGAACAAUUUCUCAAAUCACCUCCUGACGGUUUGCAAGAUUACGUGGUGCCAUUAAUGAAAGCCAUUUACGUUGUGAAGACUUGGAGAUAUUAUUAA